AUCUUCUGGGUCGCCUGCAAUGGCCUCCAGAAUCCAUAUGCCUGCUCCCAUGUGCCUGAUUGAGAACAAGGGAAAAAAUCUUACCGUCUGUCCGGAAGCUCUACAGGUGCUCUCUAAAAUAAACCAGCCAGUAGCGGUCGUCGCUAUAGCAGGACUUUAUCGGACGGGAAAGUCCUAUCUCAUGAACAGACUGGCUGGGGAAAACAAAGGUUUCCUUCUGGGCCCCACUGUGCAAGCAACAACCAAGGGAAUCUGGAUGUGGUGUGUUCCCUACCCUGGCAGACCGGACCAGACUCUUGUGCUCUUGGACACCGAAGGCCUGGGUGAUGCGAAAAAGGGUGACACUCAGAACGACUCCUGGAUCUUUGCUCUGGCCGUCCUCCUCAGCAGUACCCUGGUCUACAACAGCAUGGGCACCAUCGACCAGCAUGCCAUGGACCAGCUCCAUUAUGUGACAGAACUGACCAAUUGUAUCAAGUCUAAGUCCUCGCCCAGGGGGAGUCCAGAGGAAAACUCGGAGGUACUGGAAGACUCUGCUGACUAUGUUCGUUUCUUCCCGUCUUUCAUCUGGGCCAUGAGGGAUUUCACUUUGCAGCUAGAACUCAAUGGGCAGCCCUGCACUGAGGAUGAAUAUCUGGAAGAUGUGUUGAAAUUAAAGAAAGGCCCAGAGGACAAGGUAGCAUCUGAACCCACUGAUAACUUUGAAUCAGAAGAGUCAUCUGCAAGCUGCCCAGUUCCACCCUACCCACAUGACAUCCAGCAGUACAACUUGCCCCGUGAAUGCAUCCGGCUGUUCUUCCCCACGCGGAAAUGCUUCAUCUUUGACCGUCCCACCAAUCGAAAGAACCUGCAUUGGCUGGAGGACAUGGAGGAGAGUGAACUGGAGUCUGAUUUUGUGGAACAAGCAGAACGGUUCUGCAAUCACAUUUAUGAGACAUCCAAAGCCAAGACCGUCCCAGGAGGGAACAUUGUCACAGGCAGCAUGUUGGCGAAGCUGGUGGAGACCUACGUGGGCACCAUACGUAGUGGGGGAGUGCCUUGUGCGGAGAGCGCGGUGGAGGCUCUGGCUCGGGCAGAGAAUACAGCAGCUUUGAAUGAAGCCACCGCUCGUUAUGUGAAACUGAUGGAGCAGAAGGUGAAGCUACCCACGGAGAGUAUCCAGGAGCUCCUGGAGAGACAUGCUGAGUGUGAGACGGAGGCACAUGAGGUGUUCAUGGCCCGUGCCUUCAAGAAAGACAUACAACAGUUCCUGAGCGAGCUUGUGAAAACUCUGCAUCAGAAAAAGGAGGAGUAUUGCCGGAAGAAUGAGUUGGAAUCCUCAGAACUCUGCAAGUCUGUGUUGAGACCACUGUGUGAGGAACUGGAGAAAGGGAUCAGCCAGAGAAGUUACUUACAGUCUGGCGGCUACCAGCGUUUCUUGGAUGACCUGAAUAAAAUAAAGGAGCAAUACCAUCAGAAAAACGGAAAAGGAAUAAUGGCAGAAAAGGUCCUGCAGCAGUUCCUUAAGGAGAAGGAUACUAUGGGCAGAUACAUACUUCAGAGUGAUGAAGCUCUCAAAAAUGCAGAGAAGGAACUGGCAGAUGCAGCGGCAAAAGCCAAGGAAGCGGAGCGAGAGAAAGAGGUCCAGAAGCAGGAACAGGCGGUGCUGCGGGAGAAGCUGUCGGAUCAGCGCCGAUCUUUUGAAGCAAGCAUUUGUCAACUGAAGGACAAGAUGGAGAAAGACAGGGAGGAGCUACUGAAAGAGAAUGAGAAGAUGCUGGACAGUAAACUCAGGGAACAAACAAAAUUUCUGGAGGAGAAACAUCAGCAUUUCUCUGCCCGUCUGCAGACGGAAAUUGACCAUCUGAUGCAAGAGAAUCAGUGUAGUAAGGGUUCAUCUUGGAUAUUCCAGACAGUGUUGGCCUUUAUAAAAAUUUUAAUACCCAUCUUUCCAGAAUGGGUGCAGUUUAUUUCUUUGGUACUCAAGUCAUGAGGUUAUGAAACAGGAGCAAGAUCAGCCUUUCCCUGUUUUUUCUCUUUUGGUGAUGUGUAUAUUUCAUGCUUCAUUGUUUUCGAGUUGGUGGAAUGUCUAAUAGGAAAUUAAGCAAGGAAAUAUCUAACAGCUGCUGUUGACUGGGAGGCAGUGUGUCAGAAUAUAGUGCAUUUUUAAAAAGAGGAGCCUCUAUGGAUAAAAAUUAUAAGGGAAAGUGCUGGAAAUGUAAAGAGAAGGAUGGUACCUUUUACCAUAUGUGGUCGUCCUGCAAAAAGACCAACAAAUUCUGGAUAGAAAUACAUACUGAAAUGCAGAAAAUUUCCCAUGAAAUCUCAGACUAUGCUAUUAGGAAUUUUACUGUCUAAUAUAAAUAGAUCAGAGCAUGAACUGUUCAGAUACAUGUUUAACCACAGCACGACUAGUAUUUGCAGCUAAGUGGAAGUUUAAAAUUUGCCCAAAUCUUGAGAAUUGGAGAGACAAAAUGGAAGAAUAUGCUGUUAUGGCGAAAAUGACGAACGAUGGCUGAGUUCACACACACUAAAUAAUCCACUUUUA